AUGACGUCAGGGAGCACCAGCGGCUGCCGUGGUCCCUCGGCGUUGCCGACGCUGCGGACAUGGCGUUCCUUACGUUUCUUUGAUGCUGUACCAUUACAAGAGGAAAUGUACGAUGAUGCCAUGGCCGGUGUGAGCUGCGUGGCGUACGCGCCCAAGUCGUCGGGACCCUGGGCUUCACCACGCGGUGCUCUUGUGACUGGCUUGCAUUCAGGGCAAAUACGCGUGGUUGAUGCGCGUACUUUCGUGGAGCUUGCUUCUUGGAAGGCAUUUGAUCAUGAGUGUAUGCAAGUGCAUGUGGCAUCGGAGCAUGGUGCUAUUCUCACGAUGGGAUGCGAUGACGAUACCAAUGUAUCGACUGUUCGUGUCUGGCGACUUGACAGUACUGCCGCCAAUGCCUGGCAAGCGGUGCUGUGUGCUUGUGUCAUGGUGGAUGCACACAUUACGUGUGCGGCCGUGCCAUCGCAUCUAUCGGAUGUGGCCCUAGGACUCAGCGACGGUCGUGUCUAUGUUUUACAUGCGUUGUCAGACAGUAUGCACGCCAAGGAACCCCAUAUCAUCAAGCCCAAGCUUGCGCGCGAGGCUUCCUUCGUGGACGAAAGCACAGAGCCAGACGUCGUGACGGGUCUUGUUAUCGAUGCAUCGACGCUGCUCAUAGCGACCGUGUCAUGUACACUCAAGUUUACCCUCCAUGGUCCGCGCGCCGGACAAGCACCGUCCGUGAUUGAUACGAUCGGAUGCCCACCUCGCUGCGGUGCUGCAUUUCGUACUUGUGCGGCAACGGAGGCCAAGGACGGCGUGGUGCCUAGUGUGUCCGCUCCCAAGUUAGUGCUCGCGCGUGAAGAAGCGCUGUACGUGAUCGGCAGUCGUGGACGCGAGACGUCCUUUGCACUUGAGGGCAUCAAGCGAAGUAUCCACACACUGCAUGGUCAGCUGGUCAUCGUGAUGCUCGAUCGCAUUCUUGUGUUUGACUUGGAUACCAAAUGCAUAACGUAUGCGGACGAAUACAGGAAUGUGGGGCAUAUAUGGACGAAUGAGGCGGAAUGUAUACCCGACGAGUACAUCCAUCUUCAUCAUGCACGUAUGCGACUUGUGGCGAAGCCCCUUGUGGCGCGACUUGAACAUCUGUUCAGUGUGCAUCUCUAUGUCCAAGCCAUUCCCUUCAUCUAUGCGUAUGCUGCACGAUAUCCGCAUGCCCGUCUCCCGAGUCUGCCUUCGAGCGCAUCUACUAUGCCACUACAAACGCGUCCUUCGCCCGUUGAAUUGCUGGUGGCCGAUGCCUAUCGUCGCUUUGGCGAGCAUUUGUACGCCCGUGGCGAUUUUGAGAAUGCCAUGCAGCAGUUCUGCCACACGAUCGGGAUCAUGUCGCCUAGCGUCGUAAUACGCAAGUUCCUCGAUGCACAGCGUCUGCAGUAUCUGACCGUGUACCUCGAGGCGCUGCAUGCUCGGCACCUGGCACAUACGGGUCACGCGACACUCCUGCUCAAUUGUUACACCAAACUUCGAAAUAUCGAGGCAGUCGACCGCUUUCUUCGCGCCUCUGACGUGCCACUCGACGUACCCGUCGCACUCGAUGUGUGCCGUCGCGGCGGCUGCGUGGCGCAGGCUGCCUAUCUCGCACAGGUGCAUGGCAUGCACGAUGUGUAUCUAAGUAUCCAACUGCACGAUGCUGAUGAUCCCAAGGCCGCGCUUGAUUACUUGGCAUCGCUCCCGCACAGUGACGUGAUGCGCUACUUCCAUCUAUGCGCACGCAAGCUCCUCGAUGCUGAAGCCGGUGCCACAAUGGAUUUGUUGGUGCGCGUGUAUACGGCUGAGUCGGCGACUGUCUCAACUGGCGACUUUCAAGUCCUCUUGUCCCACUUUGUGGGGCAUCCACGAUUGUUGGAGCAUUUCCUCGAGCGCAUACGAGACGCAUGUGCGGAUGCCUCUAGGAAGCCGGACUUUUUCGUGCUCGCGCAAGACACCCUGCUAGAACUGUAUCUCGCCCAUACGCCUGACAAGGCACUGCAUGUGCUGGAAGGCGAUGCAUCACUUUAUACCCCGUCCCGUGCCCUCAUUUUUUGUGCCAAGGCGCGGUACACACCUGGUCUGCUGCGUGUGUACGAGCGUCUUGGCAUGGUGGAUGCCAUCCUGCAGCACUGGAUCCAUGCCGGUGACAGUGAACGGGUCUUGCGCACACUCGAGAGGUAUGGCGCGACGCAUGCUCAGCUGUAUGGACCGACGCUGUCAUUUUUUACAUCCACGCACGAGUUGUUUGCGCAGCACCGCGAAGCUGUCGAGCGCAUCGUGCAGCAUGUGUUGCAGCAUGCGCUAUUUUCGCCCAUUGAGCUCGUGGAGCUCCUUAGCCGGAACGAUGUGGCUCCUCUCGGCCUCUUGACGCCUCAUCUCGUGGCACACAUGGAGCAAGAGCAAGCCGAGCUCUCUGCAGCACGGAAGCUCGUAGCAUCGUACCGCACCGAGGCGCGUGCCAAGCAGACCGAGCUGGCGGCCCUGCAAAGCUCCGACGAGCCCCGCAUCUUCCAGCACGAGCGAUGCGAGCUAUGCCACCAGGCACUCGACCUGCCCUGCGUGCAUUUCAUGUGCCGCCACAGCUUCCAUGUGCGCUGCCUACUGGAAGGUGAGCGCACACGCGAAUGCCCUGUGUGCGCGGCAGAGCACACGACCAUCGAGACGCUACGUGACGUGAGCCCGCUGACGUCUCUGGACGCGGUGCUGGAUGAGGUGCGUGCGGCGGACGACGAAGACGGCCGUGGCUUUGACGUGCUCGCUGACCUGUUUGCGAAAGGCAUUGAUGCGGGACAACAAGCGUAG